AUGACAGAAAAUAUCGAGUUUUAUCAGAAUCAGAUAGCAUUAGCCAGAACGGAAAUAAAAAAUCUGAGGCAACGUAUUUCAGCUCUUAAACAUGAACAUCAAAAGGAAAUAAGCCAUAUAAAGUCAACGCUUAGCAGUCUUCGUUGUUCUAAAUGUGCUGAAGAAGCUACAACAGUAGUGAACAAUCACACUCACGAUGAAGGAACAUCAUCUGACUCACAGAUCAAAUACAAACCUAUCGGUUAUAUUGAGACAUCAUUUAACAAUAAACGAGGGCUGCCACGACAAGCAUCGGUUAUGACAAACUCUGUUGGUGUUGUGACGAUCGAUACAAAUGUUUUUACCAACCCUGAACAUGCUUUGAGCGGCUUGGAAGAAUUUUCUCAUAUAUGGAUAAUAUAUCAUUUCCACAUGACAGAGAGUAACAGUACUCCAGCUAAAGUAUCACCUCCUCGUUUGGUUGGUGAGAAGAAAGGUGUGUUUUCAACGAGGUCCCCACACAGACCAUGCCCUAUAGGACUAUCUCUUGUUAAAAUUCAUAGCAUACAAGUUUUAUUUAAUGAAACUAUUAUUCCUAACAUGAAACAAUCGACUUGGAAAGUUCACGACGACAAUUUAGCGGUCCUGUUAGAGCAUCCGGGCUCGAAGCAGGAAUUGAACUCGCAGGUAGAAACUUUCCAAAAUACCGUUUAUGACUACUUCAACGAGCAAUAUCCACCACGUAAUCAUUACGCUCGCAAAAAUAAAGAAAAUUCGUUCAAGAUAAAAAUGAGGAAGAAAAAACGGGAAUUAAUAAAAAAUCUACGUAUAGCCAAAGCUCUAGGCGACAACCACCUUAGUCAUCAGCUAGCUAGGGCGUUAAGAUCAAUCCUUAAAUUAAUUCAAGGAAUAUCGGCACAAACUGCAGAAUAUCGCGGUAAUUUUGACCGGGCCAAACAGGAAGUAGAUUUUGAUAAAAACCCUUUUGAGUAUUCGAAAACCAUUUUUAAGAAAGAACGCGGACAGCUUCUCUUGACCAACGAUCAAAUUUACGACCAUUUCAAGAGCACAUACGAAGUGCCUAAAAGUGUAAGGCUCUAUACGGAUCCAAACGAACAAAAACCGGAAAUUCCUCAUAUCGAUUUUCACGGCAUACCACCAACGUUAGACGAAAUAAGUAGUCACAUAAAGAGGAAAUCAUCUAAAUCUGCACCGGGCCCCGAUGGUAUCCCAUAUAUAGUCUUUAAAAAAUGUCCAUCGGUUCGUAAACACCUCCUAAAUAUAUACGGCAAAAUCUGGUCAAGGAAGCAAAUCCCGGAGUGUUUCGGGAAAGCAAUUUUUGUCCUCAUUCCCAAAAAAGAUCGAGUUACCGAUCCGAAGGAUACUAGACCGAUAGCCUUAACAAAUACAAUAUCUAAAAUCUUUUUCUCGGUCCUACAAACGAGAAUGACGCGAUUCAUGCUCAGCAACAAGUAUUUUAGGCCAAAUCACCAGAAAGGGUUUCUACCCGGGAUUUCUGGAUGUCUAGAACACAAUACCUUGCUGUCGGAGAGUUUGAAAGAUGCUAGAAAAAGCGAGCGGCAAAUUACAGUUUGUUGGAUAGACUUAGAGAACGCGUUCGGGUCGAUACAACACGAGUUGAUGCUAUUCGCGCUUAGAUGGUAUAACUUUCCACCCUUAGUUAGCGAUAUGAUUGCGUCGUAUUACUCAAAAUUAAAGUUUUCUAUUAUAACUAAAGAAGGCCCUUCAAAAAGUUUGAGUUACAAUGUAGGACUAUUUCAAGGGUGCUGUUUAUCUCCAAUAGUAUUUAAUAUUAUAAUCAAUAUCCUAGUAGAUAAACUUAUCAGCAAUGAGAAAAAAUGGGGGUAUCGGUUUAAGUUCAAUAACAAAUACACGGAAUCCAUUUUAGCCUUCGCUGACGAUCUCGCAAUACUGACACGUCACCCCAAACACUGUCAAGUACUAUUGGAUGAAGUGGAUAAAUUCUGUGAGUGGACGGAUGGAUUGAGGACAAAACCAAGUAAAUGUCACUGUCUGUGUCUUGGUAGGCGGAAUACAAGAUACACCUCAUACGAUCCGGGACUAUCGAUAGGCGGUCAAUGCGUUUCUACGGUUACGGAAAAUGCACCAUUCAAGUUUCUCGGUCGUAAGAUUGAUAAUAUAGGUCGUACUCCAUCUUUAGAAGGAAUAGUAGAUAGCUUUUUAAAUGAUCUCAACAAGGUAGAUAGCCAGCAGAUCAGUAACGUAAAAAAAGCAUGGAUCUACGAUAAUUACUUAACUUCACGUUUGGAUUGGCCUUUCCUCGUCUAUGAUUUUAGUAAAACCCUUUUAUCUAAAUUAGAUGCAGGCGUCAUAAAGAUGUUGAAGUUGUGGCUCGGGCUCGCGCUAACGGCUGAUUCAUCGGCUUUAUUCAGGGAUCGUAAUAGUUUUGGGAUGAAUCUAAAAAGACCAUCGGAGCUCUACAAACACCUAAGAGUUUCCAAGAGACAUAUCCUGGGAAAAUCCCAUGAUGACGUCGUUACAUCACUCCCAAAAGACAAUGAUGCCCCAGAGCUAAAGUCACGACGUCAAUUCCAUAAACAAUUUAUGAUCGGAGCGCAAAAUAACAGAGUAGGGUUAGGAUCAAGUAGGAAAGUCCAAGAUACGGAUAUAUUGAAGUCUUUUAUUCGGCAAGACGAGAACGAUAAAUACAAGAUCCAUGCAAUGAGUUUAGAAAUGCAGAACGAGUGGUUAGACAUAGGAGAUUUUUGCAUUCCACUAGCACUAAAAUGGCGCACCCUAAUUCAUGACUGGUCGCCAGCCUUGCUAAAAUUUUAUCUCAAUGCGUUCCAGAUGACUCUCCCAGAUCAGAGUAAUUUAGUAAGAUGGGGUAAAGGUACCGAAAAAACUUGCUAUAUCUGCGGAAAGGCAGUUGGAACUGCCAAGCAUUUGCUGGUGGGAUGUAAGGUUCUCCUGGACAGCGGUCAAUACUCGCGUCGUCACGAUAGGGUUUUAGAGAUCAUACGUUUUGUGAGAGAGGGCACCAGGGCUAUAAAAUCAAACGUCAAGCCUUACUCUAUCCUUAAAGCGGCUUCGGAUUGGACUAUCAUGAUGGAUACGUAUGAGAAACAAUACAAAAUCCCCGAGGAUAUUUGUGCGUCGGCCUCCAGACCAGACAUAUUUCUAUAUUCGCGUAUUUUAAAGCGCGUUGUGAUGAUAGAGCUUACGGUGCCUUGGGAAACCAACAUCCCCAAAGACCAUGCCAUCAAGGUCAAUAAGUAUUACGAGCUCACUAACGAACUAACUCGAAAUAGGUUCGUCGUUGAUUUGUACGCGGUAGAGGUGGGAGCGAGAGGUAUAACAGCUAAAUCUCUCUAUAACCUACUAAAAGACUUGGGCCUGUCCAGAACUAACAUUAAUUCAUUCUUAGAACGUACGUCGAAGGCAGCCCUAGUAGGUUCUUUUCAAAUUUGGUUAGGUAGGGAGAGGAACUUGGACAGUGGAGGCAAUAAGAUACAUUUCUAUGGUGUGGACAUGGUUAAUGGGACCCCAGUUUUAGAUAUUAAGCCAUACAUACCACAAUAUGAUUACCCGAUAUCAGAAGCUAAUGAACGACCACCCACCGAAGGCAUUGAUUUGGCCGGCUUGAAUCUUAAUGUAUCAAGCUUAAACAUAACAACAGGAUAUGGUGAUAUGUUACCGAGUGAUUUAUUAACACCGUUGACACCUUCGGAGAAUUUGGAUGAAGCUUUGUCCAUACAACGAGGGGAGCCCGAUGGCCAAGAACGAUAUAUAGGGCAGGCUUCAAAUAUAAACCAGACAGAUGUAAGAGUGGCUUCAUGGAUAACAAAUACAAGAAAUACAUAUCAAGUGGUUUUCACCGAUGAAUCUCUAACUAGACUUGAAAAUCUCAUCGGAAGCCGAGCUGACAGUUUCAAAACUAAUAUAAUGAGUCUACUAUCAGAAGAUCCUAGAUCUGUUUACGUGAAAACUAAAUACAAAGAUCACGAAUACAAUUGUGUGUUGGAAGAUUUGUCUAUAACGUGUGUGUUUGAUGAAACGAGUUCUAUAUGUACUAUAAUAGCUGUUAAGAGUGCUGACGAAUUACAGAAUUGA